CUCGUCACUGAACGACACAACUUUAUUUCCGCUUGUCUGUCAAAGUAGCUGUCAAACGCGGGCGAGGGGUUGUGCUCCUGCGGCUCCGUCAUUCAGGAAGUCCACACCAACUGACAGCACUUCGCAAAGUCACACGGACAUCUUCAGAGUCGGACUAAAUGUUCCCGAAGUCAGUACGCUUUUCAACAACAACGACUUUUGCAAAAGGUACAGUAUUAUCCCAGUCAUGAGGAAAGUCGGCAAGAGGUCAACUCUGGACUUAAACUAAGAAAAAGAAAGAGGGGGAGACAGAGGCUUGCCCGACUCCCCAUUUACACAUUUCCUACAGGUCUAGCUGGCCAAUGCCGGGCCCGUGGUGGAGAUCUGGUGGCGGCAGCAGCAGCAGCAGUAGUGUGUAUGUGAGCGUCGCCCCCGACGCCUAGCUCAUGUCCAGCCCAUAAUGCCGUCCUCCACGCGGAAAGGAGUGCCGAAGGACCCAGAGCUGGCUGACCUUUUCUUCAAAGAUGACCCCGAGGAUGUCUUCUGUGACCUGCACGAGAUCGGACAUGGCAGCUUUGGGGCCGUCUACUUUGCGCGUAACUCCUACUCUAACGAGGUGGUGGCCAUCAAAAAGAUGUCCUAUAAUGGCAAGCAGACUACCGAAAAGUGGCAGGACAUCAUUAAGGAGGUCAAGUUUUUGGGACAGCUGCGACACCCAAACACAAUUGAGUACAAAGGAUGCUACUUGAAAGACAACACUGCCUGGCUGGUGAUGGAGUACUGCCUGGGCUCCGCAUCAGAUUUACUAGAGGUUCAUAAGAAACCACUGCAAGAGUUGGAAAUUGCUGCCAUUACCCAUGGUGCCUUGCUAGGACUGGCUUACCUACAUUCCCAUAAUAUGAUUCACAGAGAUGUGAAAGCUGGUAACAUCCUGCUGACUGAGCUGGGUCAGGUCAAACUGGCCGACUUUGGCUCCGCCUCCAUUGCCUCACCUGCCAACUCCUUUGUGGGAACACCUUACUGGAUGGCCCCGGAAGUGAUCCUAGCCAUGGACGAGGGUCAGUACGAGGGAAAGGUGGACAUCUGGUCGCUGGGGAUCACCUGUAUUGAACUGGCGGAGCGCAAACCUCCCUUGUUCAACAUGAAUGCCAUGAGUGCCUUAUAUCACAUCGCACAGAACGACUCUCCCACGCUACAGUCCAAUGAGUGGUCUGACCCCUUCCGGAGCUUCGUCGACUACUGCCUACUGAAAAUUCCUCAGGACAGACCCUCGUCAGGGGAGCUGCUAAGACAUGAUUUUGUGCGUCGGGAACGCUCGCCGCGCAUUCUGCUGGAACUCAUCCAGAGGACCAAGGAUGCGGUGCGGGAGCUGGACAACCUGCAGUACCGCAAGAUGAAGAAGAUCCUCUACCAGGAGAAGCACAACGGACCAAUGGGAGAGAGCCAGGAAGAGGAGGAGGACAGCGAGGCAGCCAGCUGUAAGAUGAACAGCCUGGGAAGCAACCACUCCAUCCCGAGCACCUCGGUCAGCACAGGCAGCCAGAGCAGCAGCGUGAACAGCAUGCAGGAGGUGCUGGACGACAGCUGCUCCGAGAUGACCAUGAUGCACCCACAGGACUACAGCAGCACCCUGGAAUCCUCCCCGCACACAAAGAAGGACCAACAGUACAACUGGGACGAUGGGAACCACCGGGACCAACUGCAAGGGCUGCGGCCGUCCUCCUCCGACAAGAGCAGCCAGGCCCAGAACUACAAGAACCAGAGCCGCUUCGCCACCAUCAAAUCAGCCUCUCUGGUGACCAAGCAGAUCCACGAGCAUGAGCAGGAGAGCGAGCUGCGGGAGCAGAUGUCGGGAUACAAGCGCAUGCGGCGGCAACACCAGAAGCAGCUGAUCGCCCUGGAGAACAAGCUGAAGGCCGAGAUGGACGAGCACCGGCUCAAGCUGCAGAAGGAGGUGGAGACGCAGGCCAACAACGCCUACAUCGAGCUGGAGAAGCUGGCCAAGCGCCACGCCGUGCAUUCUGAGAAGGAGAUGAAGACGGCGAUGGCGGAUGAGAAGAAGUUCCAGCAGCAGAUCGUGGCCCAGCAGAAGAAGGAGCUGACCACCUUCCUGGAUAAUCAAAAGAAGCAGUACAAACUCUGCAAGGAGAAGAUUAAGGAGGAGAUGAACGAGGACCACAGCACACCCAAGAAGGAGAAGCAGGAGCGCCUGUCCAAGCACAAGGAGAACAUGCAGCACUCCCAGGCCGAGGAGGAGGCCAUGCUGCUGGCCCAGCAGAGAGUGUUCUACGACAGGAACUGCCGCGCCUUCAAGCGCAAAGUCAUGAUCAAGAGGCACGACCUGGAGCAGGAGCAGAUCCGAGAGGAGCUGAACAAGAAGAAGACCCAGAAAGAGAUGGAGCACGCCAUGCUGAUCCGCCACGACGAGUCCAUGCAGGAGCUGGAGCACCGGCAGCUGAAGACGCUGCAGAAGCUGCGCAUGGACCUGAUCCGCUUGCAGCACCAGACGGAGCUGGAGAACCAGAUCGAGUACAACAACCGGCGAGAGCGAGAACUCCACCGCAAACACGUGCUGGAGCUCCGGCAGCAGCCCAAGAACCUCAAAGCUCUGGAGCUGCAGAUCAAGAAGCAGUUCCAGGACACAUGCAAGGUUCAGACCAAGCAGUACAAGGCCCUGCGCCACCACCAGAUGGAGGUGACGCCCAAGGCCGAGCACAAGACGGUGCUCAAGGCUCUGAAGGACGAGCAGACACGCAAGCUGGCCAUCCUGGCUGAGCAGUACGAGCAGAGCAUCAACGAGAUGAUGGCCACGCAGGCGCUGCGUCUGGACGAGGCCCAGGAAGCCGAGUGCCAGGCCCUGAGGCAGCAGCUGCAGCAGGAGAUGGAGCUGCUGAACGCCUACCAGAGCAAGAUCAAGAUGCAGACCGAGGCGCAGCACGAGCGUGAGCUGCAGAAGCUGGAGCAGAAGGUGUCGCUGCGCCGGGCCCACCUGGAGCAGAAGAUCGAGGAGGAGCUGGUUUCCAUCCAGAAGGAGAGGACCGACCGCAUCAAGCACCUUCUGGAGCGGCAGGACCGCGAGACCGACGCCUUCGACAUGGAGAGCAUGAGGCUGGGCUUCGGCAACCUGUGCACCCUGGACCUCCCCAAGGACGACUACAGAUGAGGGGCUGAGACCCCCCUGCUGCCGUCUCUCACUGCCCCCCCCCCCUCUCCUUCUACCUGACAGUGCAGGUGUUCACAGCUGCUGACGCCCUCACACAGACACAAAGAAAAUACCCACUCCAGAAUUCAGUGUGUUCUCCGGGGGGGGCGCUCAGACGAAGUGGAUGGCAGGUUUUAUUGCCCCCCCCCUUUCCACCUCUUUCUCCCAAACCCACCUGAACUUCCUCCCCCUCCUUGCCUCUCGUGGUGUCACAAGAUGCCAAAAAAAAUAUGCUGGAUAACUUCCUGUAGUUGUCAUGUUUUGUGUAAGACCAAUGAUAACGUAGUCACGGUGUUUCUUGUUUCUUGUGCAAUGAUGACACUUUUGUUGUGACUUUAAAGUGGAAGACGAGAGAAGGAGGGAGAGAAAAACGAGGGCGGUCGGAUGAGCGACAUACACACACAUGCAUUUUGCAAGGUGGUCUUUUUUUCUUUUUUUUUUUGCUUAGUUCGAUUUUUGGGGUCUCAAGUGAUGCAAAAUAAGAAAAGCGCUAAAUCAAACAGCUGAUCCUUCCGCAGCCGUCAGUCUGCACCGCGUCUUUCAACACUUUUUUGUAUUUAUUCACCUGGACAUUUUUAUGAGAAAUUUGAAUAAUUUGAUACGCGCACAAUCGUGUACAUACAGGUACGCUCAUUAUAAUUGUGACGGGUGAAUUUCCUUACUGAGGGGAGCUUGAAUCAUGGUACUGGAACUGACUGAUUUCUCUGCACUGGCAGCCAAUGUGAAUAAUAAUAAUAAACUCCAACUCCCAGCUAGCACAAAGGGCUUCAUGGGGUGGGCGGGGGGACUUGUACUUUGUGUAUAGAAGGAUUUAUGGAGAGCUUUUACUUAUUUUCGUAUUGUAUUUUAACUGUCACUCAAAUCAAAAAAGAAUUUUUAAAGCCGCUUUUUUCCCUCCCCCCUCCUCAGAUAGUAUUUGAGGUUCAGCCAUGUAUCAAUCUGAUUUUCUUUACCUUUUUGUUUUGCUUUACACAACUCCCAAGCUGUGUAUUUUCUUAUAAACCAGACCAGUAUGAUGCUUUAUUAUUGCAUGCACUUUAAUUUUUUUUCCAGGUUAAAAGAAAGCAUGAAUCUGUCAGAGCUUUUAAUUAUAUUUGUAAAUAAAGUGCUCAUCACACAAACUAAGGGUGUGCUGUUAUAUAUAUGCCUUAAUAUGAAUUACUCAUAGCAAUCAUAUUCACUGUGUAUAACAGCAAAAAGAUGAUUGUUAAAGAAGUUUUACAUUUCAUCUUAAAUCUUGACAACACACAUUACAGCUGAAGAGCUCUUAUCUGAACACCUAACUGGAAACAUGGUUGGUCAAGUAUUCAACAUUUCAUCACUUACACUGUGCACAGUUUUAUAUAAUCUACCUAAAGAAAACGUUUAAUGAGUAUGAAAUCCAGCGGCAACUACUCCAUUGUAAUGUAGGCCUUUGCAUCUUUUUUUCAAGAUACAAAUGAAAUGAGAAAAAAAAUGUGAGUCUGAUUUCCAGCUACUGUAAUGUAGGGCUGAUAAAUGCACAAUGAGAUAUCAAUACAAAUAUUAAGACCGGUUGUUACAAAGAACAAAGUUCACCAAACGUUUGUUUGAUAGCCGAGCUAAGGUCAUGAUGAUUACUCAUGACUGCAUUACACUUAACUAAUAAUCUCUGCUGUUCCACAAAAUGAUUCCUGGAAGGUAAGUUAUGAUAUGACAUAUGACCUCAAGCUUGUGUGGACCAAACAGCAAUGAAAGUAACCCCCUGGAUUAAAGAGAAAUAGGGGCCAAGACCUAAAUGUAGGUCCUAGUUGCCCCAGCCCAAAUGUGUGUAUAUUGUAACUGCUGACAAAAAACACAGUAAAGGAUCUUGUAUUUUCUGCA